AUGGAAGUGGGUUGGGAGUCUGUUGUAGGACUGCAGGUCAGAGAUGAUGAUGGCUUGGAGCAGGGUAAUGGUAGUGGAAGUGGAAAAGUGGAAGGAUUCAAGGGUCAUUAUCGUUAUUGUGCUGCUCUUUCUAUGCUGGGGGAAUAUGACUGGGCCCUGCAAGCAAACAUAAAAGCUCAAAAACUCUGUAAAAAUGACCCUGAGGGAAUCAAGGAUCUAAUUCAGCAGCAUGUAAAGUUACAAAAACAAAUAGAAGACCUACAAGGUCGAACACCAAAUAAGAAUCCAAUUAAAGCUUUUUAUGAAAGCAGGGCCUAUAUACCUAGGAAUUUAUCAGCACCUGCUUUUAGUACUUCACUUAACUUUGUGGAGACGGAAAGAGAUCUCAAAAAAACUAACUACAAGAUGGCAAACGGUGGUAAUCAGAAUCUAAAGGUGGUAGAUGAGGCUUUGAAGGUAGAUGAUUGUGACUGUCAUCCUGAAUUUUUACCACCACCAAGUCAGCCUCCAAAACAUAAAGGAAAACAAAAAUCCCGAAACAAUGAAUCAGAGAAAUUCAGUUCUAGUUCACAGUUGACUUUACCAGUUGAUUUGAAAAACAUCUUGGAGAAACAGUUUUCUAAAUCUUCCAGAGCUGCACACCAGGAUUUUGCUAAUAUAAUGAAAAUGCUAAGAAGCUUAAUUCAAGAUGGUUACACAGCCUUAUUGGAGCAGCGUUGCCGAAGUGCUGCGCAGGCCUUUACAGAGUUGCUAAAUGGUUUAGAUCCUCAAAAAAUAAAGCAAUUGAACCUGGCCAUGAUUAACUAUGUAUUAGUAGUAUAUGGACUUGCCAUUUCUCUGCUUGGAAUAGGACAGCCUGAGGAAUUAUCUGAAGCUGAAAACCAGUUUAAAAGGAUUAUUGAACACUACCCCAAUGAGGGACUUGAUUGCUUGGCCUAUUGUGGAAUUGGAAAAGUAUAUUUAAAAAAAAACAGAUUCCUAGAAGCUCUCAAUCACUUUGAGAAAGCAAAAACCUUGAUUUGUCGUCUUCCAGGAGUGUUAACUUGGCCCACCAGUAAUGUGAUUAUUGAAGAGUCUCAGCCAGAGAAAAUAAAGAUGCUGCUAGAGAAAUUUGUUGAAGAAUGCAGGUUCCCUCCAGUGCCAGAUGCUAUUUGUUGCUAUCAGAAGUGUCGUGGAUAUUCCAAAAUCCAGAUAUACAUAACUGAUCCAGACUUUAAGGGUUUUAUACGAAUCAGCUGUUGCCAGUAUUGUAAAAUAGAAUUUCACAUGAACUGCUGGAAGAAGUUAAAAACAACCACCUUUAAUGAUAAAAUUGACAAGGAUUUUCUACAAGGAAUUUGUCUUACUCCUGACUGUGAAGGUAUCAUUUCUAAGAUUAUCAUCUUUAGCAGUGGUGGUCAAGUUAAAUGUGAAUUUGAACACAAGGUCAUAAAAGAAAAGGUUCCUCCAAGACCUAUUCUGAAACAGAAAUGUUCUAGCCUAGAGAAGCUAAGACUGAAAGAAGACAAAAAAUUGAAAAGAAAAAUCCAAAAACAAGAAGCAAAAAAAUUAGCACAAGAAAGAAUGGAAGAGGACUUAAGAGAAAGUAAUCCGCCCAAAAACGAAGAACAGAAAGAAACUGUAGACAGUGGUCAGAAUUGUCAGUUCAUUGAUGACAGAAUUCUGCAGUGCAUAAAGCAGUAUGCUGACAAGAUUAAAUCGGGUAUACUGAACCCUUCCAAGCUUCUCAAAGAAUUGCUUUCUUGGAAAGUUCUGAGCACAGAAGACUAUACAACGUGUUUUUCUAGCAGAAAUUUCCUCAAUGAAGCAGUGGACUAUGUCAUUCGUCACUUGAUUCAAGAAAAGAAUAGAGUAAAGACAAGGGUAUUUCUUCAUGUUUUGAGUGAGCUUAAAGAAGUGGAACCCAAAUUAGCUACCUGGAUCCAGAAACUUAAUAGCUUUGGCUUAGAUGCCACGGGACCUUUUUUUUCUCGAUAUGGAGCAUCUCUUAAGGAGCUUGAUUUUAGCAUCAUGACGUUCCUCUGGAGUGAGAAAUAUGGCCAUAAACUAGCCUCUAUAGAAGGAAAGCAACUUGAUUACUUCUGUGAACCAACGUCAUUAAAAGAAGCACGUUGUUUAAUAUGGCUGUUGGAAGAACACAGAGACAAGUUCCCAGCAUUGCAUAGUGCUUUAGAUGAAUUCUUUGAUAUAAUGGACAGCCGCUGUACUGUAUUAAGGAAACAAGAUAGUGGUGAAGCUCCGUUUAGUUCUACCAAGGUUAAAAACAAAGGCAAGAAAAAGAAGCCAAAAGACACAAAGCCAAUGUUAGUUGGGUCUGGAACAACUACAGUAACACCAAAUAAUGAGACUAUCAGUUCAGGUGAAGACUAUAAAAGACGCAAUUCAGAUUCUGCAGGCCCAUUUGCUGUGCCUAACCAUCUUCGGCAAGAUGUAGAAGAAUUUGAAGCUCUCUAUGACCAGCACAGUAAUGAAUAUGUUGUCCGCAAUAAGAAAAUAUGGGAUAUUAACCCAAAACAAAAAUGCUCAACUCUGUAUGAUUAUUUCUCUCAGUUGUUGGAGGAACAUGGUCCCUUGGAUAUGAGUAACAAGAUGUUCUCUGAAGAAUAUGAGUUUUUCCCAGAAGAAACUCGACAGAUACUAGAAAAAGCAGGAGGUUUAAAAUCUUUUCUCCUGGGAUGUCCUCGUUUUGUUGUGAUUGACAACUGUAUUGCAUUAAAAAAAGUUGCAUUACGACUGAAGAAAAAAAGAAAGAAGAAAAACAUUAAAACAAAAGUGGAAGAAAUUUCAAAAACAGGAGAGUAUUUACGAGUCAAACUACCACUGAAUCCAACUGCUAGGGAAUUUAAACCAGAUGUAAAGUCCAAACCAGUGUCUGAUUUGUCUUCAGCACCAGUUUCUGAGGAUGUGAAGCCCAAACCUGUGUCUGCUGAUUCUCCCAAACCAACUUGUGAAGACAUUACACCCAAAUCAGUACCUGAUAGUUAUUCCAGUCCAGUUUCUGAGAAUGAGAAACCCCAAGGGGUCUCUUCUGAUUCUCCCAUAUCAGUCCCUGAGGAUGUAAAUCACAAACAAGUCUCCUCUCAUUCUCUCAAACCAGUUUCCGAGGAUGGGAAACCAACCUAUUGGACUCAAUCUCACUUGGUCACAGGAUACUGUACAUAUCUUCCUUUUCAGGGAUUUGACAUCACCCAGACACCACCAACAUACAUAAACGUGUUACCAAGUUUGCCCCAGUACACCAGCAUUUACACACCUUUGGCCAACAUUUCUUCUGAAUAUCAGCUGCAGAGAUCGAUACCAGUGGUGCCAUCUCUUGUAGCCAGUGACAAAGCUGAUAAAAACACUGCUGCCUAUUUUGAGGAUCACAAUUUAAAUGCUAAGAAUGUUGCUGGUAACCAGAUUGUCUCUGAAACACAGAUCCUUGAGGACUCUUUGGGAAUACAUGUAAAGUCACAGAGCAGCCUGGGUGAUGCUGGUACAGCCCCAAGUGAGUCUCACAGAAAUGAUGGGCACUGUGGGAACUCUAAAAACAAAUGUGAAGUCAGUCCAGAAAGGUCCAGUGCCCUAACAAAUAUUCCACAUACACAGAUGGUUGCUGUACAGGUGUCUUGGAACAUAACAAACCAAGAAGUUAACACUGAGCCAUAUGAUCCUUUUGAGAUACAACAGGGGGAUAUUUCACAGAUUGAAAAGGAAUACCAAGUAUUACAAGAGCAGCUUAAGGAAGCAUGUGAAAAUUAUGAGCAGAUAAAACUCAACAGCUCAGAAGAGACCAGAGACCUGGAAGAAAAGUUGAAAAGGAACUUAGAAGAAAACAAGAUCUCAAAGACAGAAUUAGAUUGGUUCCUCCAAGAUUUGGAAAGAGAAAUUAAAAAAUGGCAACAAGAGAAAAAAGAAAUCCAAGAAAGAUUAAAAGCACUGAAGAAGAAAAUUAAAAAGGUUUUAAAUACAAGUGAAAUGUCUACCCCGAAAAAUGAUGGGAUGGAUAACAAACCUGAAUUACAUCUGGAUCAGUCCCUUGAAAUCAGUAAUACAUUUACAAAUGAGAAGAUGAAAAUAGAAGAAUGUAUAAAGAAAGGGAAAGAGCAUUAUGAAGAGAGUCAUCAAAGAGCCGUGGCUGCAGAGGUAUCUGUGCUGGAGAACUGGAAGGAGAGUGAAGUGUUUAAGUUACAGGUCAUGGCAUCACAAGCAGAAGCCUGUCUUAAGAACCUCAAGCUGACAAGCAGUGAUUCCACAGAAUAUCCCAACAUGGAGUCUGAUAUCUGUUCAUGGGAAUCAUUUCUUUCUAAUGUUACAAAAGAAAUUGAGAGAGCAAAAUCUGAAUUUGAAGAUCAAAUUAAGGCCAUUAAAAAUGGUUCUCGACUCAGUGAGCUUUCUAAAGUGCAGAUUUCUGAGCUUCCAUUUCCUGCCUGUAACAAUAUUCAUCCUGAGUUUCCCCCUGAGUCUUCAGGCCAUGAUGAUCAAGGGCCUGGGACAUUUGUAAACAGUGCAACUGGAGCAGUUAAGGAUUUAGAUCUGUUCUCCACCGGUGAUUGCCCAGAGGAGUCUACUGCACUGUCACCUCGGUUGCCCUCUGGUCAAACUGAAGUUACUCAGCCAUCAGAGCAUACAGGGGCCAGCCAGACAACUCCAUCUGAACAAAGCCCUGAGGCACAUCAGAAAGUACCUGUUCCUCCAGAACGUGCUUCAAGCCAGUCUCCAAAAAAGCCGUUCAACAGUAUUAUUGAGCACCUGUCAGUGGUGUUCCCAUGGUACAGCAGCACCGAGCUUGCUGGUUUUAUUAAAAAGGUUCGAAACAAAAACAAGAACUUACUCUCAGGAUUGGGUAUUGAUGAAAUUGUCCAAAGAGUGACAGAACACAUUGUAGAUGAAGAGAAAAAGAAAAAGCCAAAUCCAGGAAAGGGCAAGAGAACAUCUGAGGCCAGCUCUGCUGCUUCUGUGAACCAGUCUUCCCAGGGCCCACCCUCAAUUGCUGGACCAUCACCCAAAACUAAGGGACAGAAAACAGAAGAUGUCCCCAUGAGUGUCGUACUAGAUGCAGAUUCCUGUGAAAUAUGCCAUGAGGUGUUCAAAUCAAAAAAUGUGCGUGUGCUAAAAUGUGGACACAAGUUUCACAAAGGGUGCUUUAAGCAGUGGCUAAAAGGGCAGAGUAGUUGCCCUGCCUGUCGUGAUGGUGAUCUGUCAGAAGAGUAGUCUGUGUCUACCCUCCAGGACUGGCCAGCCAGGACUGCCUUCCUGCUGCUCUAGGUAGUCACUCUUCACUAAGCAUCACUCACCCACAUACCAAGUUGAAAUAAUGAUAAUUCCUACUUUCAGCAUAAAAAACAAACAUUUGACGAAUCUCUGGCAUUCUGUAUCACAAAGCCAAUCAGUGGAAAUCUUUAAUUCAGUUGCUAUUAGGUAAUUUCUCCACUCUGAUUCAAUAUUUCAGUGAUAGUCAAAUAAUGGCUUAUCAAAUGAUGUGUCAUUGCAUUCUUACAUUGUUAGCGCUGUUGUGGAGGAGAUCUGUGAGAUGGGAGCUUCUUUGGGGAAGUAUUGUGAGCACCCCAAAACAGUUUAAAUUAUAAGAAUUCUUAACCUGGUGAAGUGCCCAGGUUUCCCUUUUGUGUUUGAAAAAUCUGUUCCAGUGGCUCUAUAACAGAGAUGAUAUUGACCUUUAAAAUUUUUUAUAAGAUUCGGUAGUCUGAAAAUAUGCUUACAUUUUCCCUCAGAGAUCCUACAUUUUUAAAAUGGGCUUAAACAAGUCACAUUUUAAUAAUUUGUACUUAAUAUUAAAAUAUUGGCUGAUAUGGACCAAAAAGAUUCACAUUUCCUCUUCAUGAAAUGUCAUGUGCUUUUGAUUUUCAUUUUAUUUGUUUUUCCAUAUAUUUUUUUCCCUUCAUAUGGUAGUAGAUUGAAUCCUGGGCCUCACAAAUGCUAGUCAAGGAAGCUUUCCACCAGUGGGCUACAUCCCCAUCCACUCCAUAGGUUUUUAUUUUAUUUUUGUUUUUUAAUCUUUUUAUGAUGUAAUCUGAUAUUUGAAAAUCAAUUGCAAAAUUACUUUAUUAGUUAUCAGCCAAGACUUUCUUACCCCCCAAAUCAAGGCCGUGUAUUCAACAUACCAACCCCACAUUUGAAUUUGUUCUUAGAAUACGCUGCUGUUCUCAUUAGCAGUAUUUGGCUCUCUUUGUGAGUCAGUCAGCAAGUGCUUGGAUAUCUACAUCUAGCUCAGUGCUGAUCCCGCACAGGCGCUGUAUAGACUAGUAACCAUCAUUCUCCUCCUUACCCACCCCCCAAAAGAAAAACUUGUGUAAUUAGACAAUUCUGCGGUGUCUGUGUUACAACUGUUCUGUGUUUGACAUUUGUGUAAAAUAAUGCAUGCAAUCUUGUACUAUGCCUAAGAACAAAACUGUGACUGCAUUAGGAACUAUUUAGAUUCUUUUAGUGACCUAUGGACAGCAGUAAAUAUGGAAAAGUGAAUCCUGGACACAUUCCACCACUCAAACAUGAAGGAUCAAAAAGUGAUUUUCAGUGUGUUCUUCGUUCCACUGCAAACUCAAGUCAGUCACGAGAGUAUGGGCAGAUUUGGUCACCUUCCUCUGCCUGUGCUCCAUGUGAGUUGUGAUGUCUUGGUGACGUAGUCCAUAGAAGCCCCCUCCUUACUCUGAAGCAUUCUCCAUCUUGGUCCCUAAAACAUUGUCUGCAUUUUCAUGGCAGUUGAGAGCUGUGCAUAUUAAAAUACACAAGGGACAGUUUGUAGCAACUGGUAUGAAGGAGAAAAGCAACUAACGAGUGAGAGAAUGUAUUCUGUCCUUAACUUCAGAGCCUUGUGAACAUGCCUUACAUUUGUCCAGUAAUUGUCAAUAAACAGCAUUCUGAAAGA